AUGGUUUCUCCUCUGACUAGCGACGAUGAAGACAUCUUCAAUCGUCUCCAGCAAGCUGCCGAUCCAAAGGUCUUGGAGGAGCAGCAGCAAGCCGUCAAUGAGCGCAUGAAUGCCAUCUACCAAAAGGCCCAGUCUCGGCUUGCUGAAUUGAUCGACGAAAAUUCUACGUUACCGUGCACCAUAUCCCGGAUACACAUCCUCAAUGCGACCCGUACUCGGAAAAGCUUUUUGGAACGUAUAUUCGAUCCAAUUUUGAGCGCCAACCAGGAUAAACCCUAUACGCUAUCUGAAGCUCUGCGUGAAGUAUCCCGGGGAGCAGAUAAACUCGGCCGCCUCGAUAUCUUCCAUGAGCCCAUUUCCGUUUUCCUAGACAAGCCCACGGACCCGAACGCCCUGCCUACAGAUCUUGAUGUCUAUUUGUCUGUUCGAGAGAAGUCGAAGAUCCUCCUGAAAACCGGAACUGACUUGGGAAAUGCCGAGGGUUCCGCCUACGGAAACCUUUUAUGGCGUAAUAUUUUUGGCGGAGCAGAGUCAUUGAACGUGAACGCAUCGCUGGGUACCCGGACACGAUCUGCAUACCAGGCCACUUUUGAAAGUCCUAUCUUGAGCGACCCGGAUUUCCGCUGGGAGAUUGGAGGCAUUGCCAGCUCUACCGACAAGCCCUGGGCAAGUCAUGAGGAAGUACUAAAAGGAGGAUGGGCUAAGCUGCGAUGGCAGAACCACUCAGGCCAGCUCCAUGAGCUUGCAUACAACGGCUUCUGGCGACAAAUCACCGGUUUAGGGCCAAAUGCGUCGUUGACCGUUCGCGGCGAUGCUGGCGACAGUGUCAAGAGCAGCAUCACGCAUACAUGGGUGCACGACGGAAGGAAUCGUCGCCUGCUGCCAUCCAGUGGGGUUUUUGCAAAGACCGUCAACGAACUCGCAGGAUGGGGGCCCUUGAAAGGAGAUGUUGCUUUCUGGAAGUCGGAAAUCGAAACACAGGGAGCUGUUCCGAUCCCAAUUCCGGGCAUCAAAGGCGAGAGCGGAGUCAGCUUCACUACUGGGCUUCGCGCAGGGUUGCUAUACCCUCUCAAUCUCGACUGGUCAGCCAAACCACAGCCAUCUCAAGUCAACGAUCGCUUCAUCUUAGGCGGUCCCACCGACGUCCGAGGCUUCCGACAGGCUGGCCUUGGCCCUCACGAUGGCAGCAGCGCAGUUGGUGGUGAUGUCUAUGCUGCAGGAAGCGCCAACCUGCUGAUUCCCCUACCUCGCGCUGGCAAGGACUCACCGCUCCGCUUCCAAGCCUUUGUCAACGGAGGACGCCUGCUCGCUCUGCGGACGUCUCAAAAGGAAAGCCCCAAGACCUCCGAUGAAGUCAAAAACGCCAUCUCAUCGACUAUCACCGAACUGGGCAACGGUCUCCCCAGCAUCGCUGCUGGUGUUGGAUUGGUGUAUGCGCACCCUGCGGCUCGAUUCGAACUGAACUUUUCGCUGCCCGUGGUUCAGCGCAAAGGGGAAGAGGGACGAAAAGGCCUCCAGUUGGGCAUUGGCAUCAACUUUUUCUGUCUGCUCCACAAUCCAAAACCACCCGCUGCCCCUACAGUGCAUGACUACUACUCAUGCACCACCCACAGCAACCAGCAUACAGUGAUAUCUCCUCGACGAUACUCGGGGCCCUUUCCUCAAUCUCGGUAUAUUUAUAUUUCUUCUCGCACUCAGAUCCCCUCCGCAAAUCAGAACCAUCGCGCCAGGCCCGCCAUGGCCCAGUUCUACCCCCAGCAAUCAUACGCACCGUCCUCACCACAAAACCUCCAGUUCUACUCUUCAUCCUACCCAGUAUCUGGCCACACAACCCCGUCACAAGCCGCAUACGGCGCAUAUGGAGCGCCCCCGGGACAGGCUCAGGCAUAUCCCACAGCAGGCGGGGGAGCCGGUGGCUAUGGCGGGUUCAGUGGUGCGAGUUCAGGUGUGUCUGGACGGAUGGGCGACCAGGGCGGAUUGAGAACAGGGUGGCUGGCUGCCUUUGGCACAGAGGGAUAUGAUGGCGAGCCGCCUCUUCUAGAGGAACUUGGGGUGAAUUUCGAUCACAUCCAGACAAAGACAUUGACAGUUCUGAAUCCAUUCGCGCGGAUAGACCAACAUCUGAUGGAUGACAGCGAUCUGUACGGCGCACUCCUGUAUAUCCUUCUAUACGGAACCUUCCUUCUUUUCUCCGGCAAAGUGUUUUAUGGAUACAUCUACGGCGUGGCCGUCUUCGGUACCCUGGCUCUCCACCUCAUCCUAAGCCUCAUGUCCCCUUCGCUCGACGCCGGCGGUGCAUCCCCCAACCCUGCCGACCCUUCCACCUACGACCCUCACCACAAGCCAUCGGAUUCCACCGGCAGCGUUGGUGGCGCUUCCGGCCACUUCUCUGCCACAUUGACAUUCCCCCGCUCAGCCAGCGUGUUAGGAUACUGCUUCUUACCGCUGGUUUUAACUAGCCUGAUCGGAAUCCUGCUCCCCAUGGAUACCAUGUUUGGGUACCUGCUCACUUCGGCUGCCGUGGGCUGGUGUACGUAUAGCAGUUCUGGCAUGUUUUGUGCGGUGGGUCGGAUGCGUGGCAUGCGAGGUUUGGUUGCGUACCCGUUGGCUUUGUUCUACGUUGUCUUUGGCAUUAUGGGCAUCUUUUCUUCGCGUGGAAGUGGCACGUUGGCAGCGAAGACGGGGUCUUUUUAA